AAGAUCUUUAUCUGAACUACCAAAGAUGUCGGGUCCAAGCCAAGCCGAGAGGGCUGUUUUGGAGGAGGAGUUUAACUGGUUGCUGAAAGAGGAGGUCCAUGCUGUUUUGAAGCAGCUCCAGGAUAUACUGAAGGAGGCAUCCAGGAGGUUCUCCAUUCCCACCCCAGGACUGGAGAACCAACUGAAACAGGAGAACUUCAUCCUGGGCAGCUCAACACAUCAACACCUUUCUAAUCUGCCGGGAUUUGAGUCUAUGACAAGCAUGGACCAGGUGAAAGGAGUACUGACUCUACAGGGAGAAGCCCUGACUCAAGCUGACAUCAAUCUGAAAACUGCUAAAAGCAACCAAGUGAUGCAUUUCACAUUCAGGGAUGAUAAGCACUGGAAAUUACAACAGAUCCAGGAUGCUAGGAACCAUGUGAAUCAGGCUCUGCAGCUGCUGAGUGGUAGAGAUGAGAGCUACCACUUUAAGACUGGGGCCGAGGUCAACAAGCUGAUGGACGCAGUGAUGCUCCAGCUGACCAGGGCUCGUAACCGCCUCACCACUCCGGCAGCCAUGACCCUGCCGGAGCUGGCAACCAGCGGCCUCAUGAAAAUGUUCACUCCUCCAAUGCCAGGCGAUGUGAUGGUGAACUUCUAUAUCAACCUGAGUAAGCUGUGUCUGACUGUCUACCAGCUGCACGCAAUGCAGCCCAACACCACCAAGAACUUCAAGCCGUCUGGAAGCUCCGUGUUACACAACCCCGGAGCCAUGUUCGAGCUGAACAAUGCUAAGUUUGAGGUGAGCCAGGUUCACAAGGUGGAGUGUGUUGUCCCCUGGCUCAACAACACCCUGAUCUUCUUCACCAUCUCGCUGCAGCUCUGUCAGCAGCUCAAGGACAAGAUUUCCGUCUUCUCUAGUUUCUGGAACUACCGACCGUACUAACCUCCUGCAGCUAGCUGACCGUCAGAAUGCCUUGGUGUUCUAAACCUCCUGCAGCUAGCUGACCGUCAGAAUGCCUAGGAGUUCUAAACCUCCUGCAGCUAGCUCACCGUCAGAAUGCCUAGGUGUUCUAAACCUCCUGCAGCUAGCUCACCGUCAGAAUGCCUAGGUGUUCUAACCUCCUGCAGCUAGCUGACCGUCAGAAUGCCUAGGUGUUCUAAACCUCCUGCAGCUAGCUCACCAUCAGAAUGCCUAGGAGUUCUAACCUCCUGCAGCUAGCUGACCGUCAGAAUGCCUAGGUGUUCUAACCUCCUGCAGCUAGCUGACCGUCAGAAUGCCUAGGUGUUCUAACCUCCUGCAGCUAGCUGACCGUCAGAAUGCCUUGGUGUUCUAAACCUCCUGCAGCUAGCUGACCGUCAGAAUGCCUAGGGGUUCUAACCUCCUGCAGCUAGCUGACCGUCAGAAUGCCUAGGGGUUCUAACCUCCUGCAGCUAGCUGACCGUCAGAAUGCCUAGGUGUUCUAACCUCCUGCAGCUAGCUGACCGUCAGAAUGCCUAGGUGUUAGCUGACCGUCAGAAUGCCUAGGUGUUCUAACCUCCUGCAGCUAGCUGACCAUCAGAAUGCCUAGGUGUUCUAACCUCCUGCAGCUAGCUGACCGUCAGAAUGCCUAGGUGUUCUAACCUCCUGCAGCUAGCUGACCGUCAGAAUGCCUAGGUGUUAGCUGACCGUCAGAAUGCCUAGGUGUUCUAACCUCCUGCAGCUAGCUGACCGUCAGAAUGCCUAGGUGUUCUAACCUCCUGCAGCUAGCUGACCGUCAGAAUGCCUAGGUGUUCUAACCUCCUGCAGCUAGCUGACCGUCAGAAUGCCUAGGUGUUCUAACCUCCUGCAGCUAGCUGACCGUCAGAAUGCCUCGGUGUUCUAACCUCCUGCAGCUAGCUGACCGUCAGAAUGCCUAGGUGUUCUAACCUCCUGCAGCUAGCUGACCGUCAGAAUGCCUCGGUGUUCUAAACUCCUGCAGCUAGCUGACCGUCAGAAUGCCUAGGUGUUCUAACCUCCUGCAGCUAGCUGACCGUCAGAAUGCCUCGGUGUUCUGUCCAAAUCCUUCACACAAACCAACCCAGAUAAAAGGGAUGUCUUGAAAAUAUUGUCUGAAUUGAAGUGUGUUUUGUUUGUAUAAUUUACAGGAGAACAGCCGGAUCAAAGUCCAUAUACAUUACCAGUGUUUAGUAUUCCAGGGUUUAGGACCCUUCCAUGUGUUACAGCUGCUUUAAUUCAGUCCCAAAUCAACCCCUAACCCCUAGACUACACUCCCUACUUGUGAAGAAAGUAUAGGACUAAGCAAUAUGGUGGGGCUACUACCAUAUCUAUCCAAUACAUUCAGUGUUUCCCCUAGAUGGGGGUCGUUAGCGCAAUGACUAGAAGUCUAUGGGAAUGAAUAUAGGGGAAACACUGCAUGACUAGAAGUCUAUGGGAAUGAAUAUAGGGGAAACACUGCAUGACUAGAAGUCUAUGGGAAUGAAUAUAGGGGAAACACUGCAUUCUGAUCUAGACAAGUUGGGACUCGGGGUUGAUUUAGGAUUGGGUGCAUGUAUCUCACGGUGUGUCAUCUGUUGUAUAGUACAAACUAACUAGGACCUCCCUGUUGUAUAGUACUAACUAACUAGGACCUCCCUGUUGUAUAGUACUAACUAACUAGGACCUCCCUGUUGUAUAGUACUAACUAACUAGGACCUCCCUGUUGUA